AUGAUGAAUCGAUUCCGCAAACACAAGAAGGUGAAGGAGGUCGUCGAGGACCUAGAAGGGGCGCCGCUACCAUUCACCUUAAAAUCAUCCAAGCAGAGAGCCUCACCGGAACCCAAGCCAGAAUUCGACUUAUCGGCGGCACUCCCACCGACAGACAAUUUCCGCACUAGUCUGCUGAUGCCCAAGUUGUCCGCUCGGUUUAGCAUGCUUAAAGAACAAGAUGAUCCACUUUCAAUGCUGGGGAAAGCCAGUGACGACAGCGUUUUGUUUCCUAAGCGCGCCUCAAGACUCAAUUUAUUUGGACAUAACCCUGCCGUGCUGGCGGACAUCGACGAAGUCUCAUCCAACGACGGUAGCCGACCUUCAUUCGGACUUGGCCGCACCGGUUCUUUUGCCUCCGGCGGGGAUGGCUACGGCACAGACGACGAUCGAUCCCAGCAGGGGGGUAUUAUGAGUAGGGCCCGUCGCGCCGAGGGCAAUAAUUUGUUUGGAGGUCGCCAAAAAGUCUACAAGAUCCCAGUCCGUUCGCCAGGUGGGCCGAACACCGAUGCGCCGGAGGCUGGGUCCCGGGGAAUGGGCAAGCCGGUGUAUGAGCACGAUAUGAACUUAUCUGCUUUCCAGCGCCUGCGCUUGAAGGAAAAGGAGGAAAGAAGAGCAGCUGAGGCUAGAGAAUCCUGCUAUGCUGCUUCAACUGCUUCAUCCAACAGCCGCGGUACAUUUUCCUCCACCGCAUCUGGACCUAUAUCAUCCGUCCCCACGUCGACAGCAGCAACCUCGGCCGACGAAUCGCCAACGAACACAUCUAAACCUCCAGUAACCGGUUAUCCGUUUCCCGAGCCCCUCUCCGAGGCCUCGCGACCUGGGUCUGCCAUGUCUACUCCGCGCAAUGGUUCAAUCCGCAGCCGUCGUCUUUAUGGGCAAGGGUUAACACAGGCCGCCCAAAGCCAGCAGAACUCUACUUCGCAUCGACUGGAGAGUUUGAGUCGCCAGCGUGCCGGUACUCCGGAUCUCCCUACUCUGAACCGCAACUAUUCGAGGAGCGCUACCAACUUGCGAGACCGCCUGCAAAAACUGGCCAUUGUCGAGCCCCCUUCGACCUCUCGUCCAACUAGCCCUCCUUCCUCCGCAACGUCACCCAAGCCUCGCAUGUCUGGAGAGACCGCAUUCAGGGACCGUCUUUCGCCCACGGCAGCAACGUUUGGUGCCCCUCCUUUGAGCCCACCCACAAGCGAGAACGACGAGGCUUCCUCCCUGCUGGCUGCCUCGAUCCACCCCGAAGACCGUGGAAAGGCCACUGCCAUGGGUUUGUUCAACCGACCUGCCACUGGGUUCGACGAACAAGCAUUCUCCCGCCGUCAGGUUCAGAUGCACCAAGGACGAGAGACCCCACCCCCGCGCCGACCUCUACCUGCGGAGCCAACGGGCCGCCCUCGGGGGCAAUCGAAGUCCAGCUAUCGGUCCCGAGCAGAGUCUGCUUCAUCCCACUAUAGCAGCGACGCGAAUCGCGGAGUUGAUAGUUAUGGCAUGUCCAGCGUUGAAGCGUCUCCCUACAGGCUUGGAGCGCGGACAUUCUACGCCCAUUCUGAUGCCAGCGACUCUGGCGACGAAGGUGAGAACCAGGCACAGGAGACUUCAAUCGGUCAUGACCACGGUUCAUUGCUUCAGCACGCCAGUUCGUUAUCCAAAAAGUCGCCAAAUCCUGCCAAGGAGCACCUUGAAACGCUCCCGGAAGUAAGAUAUUCAGAUCUUGGCGACCUCAGGCCUAUUGAUGAGGACGACCUUGACCUCACAGCUUCCUCUACUGGUAUGGGCCACGACACACCCGAAAGACCCGACUCGCCUACACUCGAACCGGAUUUAGGCUUCCAUGGAGUGGGAGGGAUGAUUAGCUCCCACUUACGCCAGCCAAGUGACAGUUCUUCGAUCUACCCUAAGUCGCCGCGGUUGCCGGACGACGAUGAUCUGUUCUCUCCCAAGGUGGAGUCCCUGGAACCCGUGCCCCAGCAAUCGACCACUCUUCCCAUGGUGGAUGCACAGCACCAAGAGGCUAGGCCAUCAUCAUCAGCCCGGCCAGGAACAUCGAGCUCGCAAGCUCCUUCUGGACAUUCGGCAGAAAGCACGGCCUAUCGGAACAGCGAGGAGUCAUCCGCUGCUGGGAUCACGGCCGACACAGGUUCCAUAUCAAAUGCCCCAUCUUGGAGAGAGGAGUUAGAACUCCAUCAUCGCCGCCAUGGUAGCAGUGAAACCCAACGAGAACGAGAGGAGCUUGCUCUCGAGCUGGCAGAGAGGCGGAGAAAGGUGCAAGAGAAGCUGCGAACUGUUGCUGAAAGUGACAGCCGAUCUAGCAGUCCCGCUCCUGGGCGAUCAACUCCAGACUUGCCUCGGGCAGGCAACGCAUUUGCUCUCUUGAAGCAGAAGUCUAACAAACAGGGCGCCGCCAAGUUGGACCAAAAGAAGUUGUUCGGGUAUGGCGGUGGCAAUGCGUCCACGCCUGCUCUCCCUUCGGAGGACUCGUGGCGCGAGGAGGAGCUACCUUCGUUCAGCUUCGGCCAGCACUCCAACUCCAGCGCUCCCCAUGUUGGAGCCGACCGUUCUAUCAGGUCUCGAAUGCCAUCUUUCAGCCGCGAUAAUAGCCAUGGGGAGUCACGCGACUCCAGCCGCAGCCGUGGUCACUCACCCUUCCGCUCGCAGCGGGAACGUGCAGGCUCAGAUGAAUCAGGCCGCUCCAAGAGCCGAACUAGACCUCGCGAGCGUGAUGACUUGGGAACUGUGGACGAGGGUUCAGUCAUUGCUCAUGACAAGUUUGUCGUUCCAGAGGGAUUCGAACCUCCUGUGCGGGCCUCGCGCCCAGGAUCGACUCGUCCAUCCACUGAAAUGAGCGAUUCUGUGAACUUUGAUCGUGCUUCCUCCGCCGCUUCGAGCAGACACCGCAGCACCAGCCGAUCGGACACCCCCAGCUUCCAAUACGAGCGGCCAUUCCAGUUUUCGCAGUCCAACACAUCCUCGAUCAUCGGCGCCUCGCCCCGAGCACCCCCUGCGGCCCCGGCAUACUCGGCCAAUGCUACUCCUCCGCUGAAUGAACUCCCGGCAGAGAGCUCGUCUACUUCUGUAGUCUCUAACGGCAGUUCGCAAACGAUUCCCCAACGUGGUAUGGGAGUCGGCUCCCUUCUGAAGCGCCCUGUGAACAAGAAGCAGAUAUCCGAGCCUACCUUCGUCUCAUCCACUUCAAAUGUCCCCCUCGUCGGUCUCCCACCGACAUCCACUCCCCCACCACCCAGUAGCGCACCUCCCCUGCCACCCAUGAACCCCCGCCGUCGCCGCGGAACUGCGACCCAAACCAUCCUGCAUGCAUUCAAGAGCGAUAAGCACGACUCAUCGCGGGUAUCGUCACCCGUCCCGAGCGCCUCCGAAGAACAGAGUGUCUUCCCAGACGAUGAGAAACGUUCUCGCUCUCGCUCCCGCACUCGUCUCCGGAAGAAUUCCUCCAGUGACGGCAGCGGCAACCUGAACGCGCGGGCGCGCCAGGAAUCCAUGACCGGCACUGUGCCGGCUGUCCCUCAAUAUCCGCCUCCGGCUAUCCCUGUUGAAGGAGGCAUGUUCUAA